AUGCGCCCAUUCCUCCCACAGAGUCUCCGCGCAUUGCGCGCAUUUUCAACCCAAACCACUUCCUCAAGCCGUUAUAUCUCGACACAGCUUACACGGCCCCAACCUCUCUCCCGAGCUUCGAUCCUUGGUCACACACGCUUCAUUAUUCCAUCGGCCGUCCGCCACAACUCCACAGCCAACCCUCUUACCGCCGACGCCAGCCAACCAGAGACUGACGCCGAGCGCGAGCGCAGAAACGAAGAGCGUCGCAGCAAGGAAGAAGCCUAUCAAAUCACCUUCACCUGCAAGCCAUGUGGUGAUCGGUCCACACACCGCAUGUCGAAACAAGGCUACCACCGUGGCACUGUGUUGAUUCAGUGCCCGUCUUGUAAGAACCGGCAUGUGAUGAGUGAUCAUUUGGGGAUCUUUUAUGACGAGAAAACGACAUUGGAAAGCAUCUUGCAGGACAAGGGAGAGUCCAUCAAACAUGGGAAGAUGGACGGCAAUUUGGAAUUCUGGGAUGAUGGAACUACCCUGAAGUCCGAAGGCAGUAAGAACGGGGAUAAGAAGGGCAGCGGUGGCGAGGCUAAAUCUGAUUAG